AUGCUUCACUACCAAAAGGCGCGCACCCUAGACCCAUUCAACGUGGCCUGCAUGGACGACUACGCACGUCUCCUCUUCUCCCGCCACUCCCUGCUGCUUCGUCCGCUCAUUGCAUUCCACCUUCUCAUCCCUACCCCCUCCCCCCCUCAGGCUCGCACCCUAGAUCCAUUCAACGUGGCCUACAUGGACGACUGCGUGCUUCUCCUCCUCUCCCGCCGCUCUUUUGCCGCUCAUUGCAUUCUUAACCCCUCCCCCCCUUCAGGCCCGCACGCUAGACCCAUUCAACGCCCGCACGCUAGACCCCUUCAACGUGGCCUGCAUGGACGACUAUGCCCUUCUGCUGCUGCUGGUGGUGCUGCUGGUUCUCCUGGUGGUGGUGCUGUCACACACCCAUUCAACGUGGCCUGCAUGGACGACUAUGCUCUCCUCCUCCUCUCCCGCCGCUCCCCCUCCGCCUCCUCCGCCCUCUCCCUCCCCAACCUGGGAGCAGGGGGGGCGGGGGGAGCGGGGGGAGCAGGGGGGGCGGAGCUGAGGAGGCUGACAGCGGAGAUGGUGGGGGUGGGGGCAGGGAGGGUGGAGGCAUGGGUGGUGGCGGCAGCGCUGUGGAUGAGUCGUGGGGAAAGAGGCAGUGCACUGGCAUAUGUGGAUAAGGUGGGUGUUUGGGAUGGGGUGGGGGAUAUGGGGGGAGCAGGGCAGGGUGGAGGCAUGGGUGGGGGCGGGGAGGGUGGAGGCAUGGGUGGGGGCGGGGAGGGUGGAGGCAUGGGUGGUGGCUGCGGCUCUGUGGAUGAGUCGUGGGGAAAGAGGCAGGGAGAUGGUGAGGGUGGGGGCGGGGAGGGUGGAGGCAUGGGUGGUGGCGGCCGCGCUUUGGAUGAGUCGUGGGUAAAGAGGCUCUUCAACUGGACGACCAUCACUUCCCUGCUCUCCUCGCUAAGGUGCGCCUACCCCACCCUCCCCCACCUCCCCACCCGCCCCAACCUCCCCACCUGCCCCAACCUUCCCUCCCUCCCUCCCCACUCUCCCCACCCUCCCCACCCUCCCCCCCCUCCCCACCCUCCCCACCCUCCCCUCCCUCCUCCCCCUUCCCUCCCUACCAUCCCUCUUACCCUCUCACCUUCUCACCCUUUCGGCGCCAUUGUGAUGCAGGCUGAGCGGUCACAGUCAGCAGCAGGGAGUUUUCGAGACAUACCCCCCUCUGCCUUCCCCCCCGCCUGCUUCUCCCCCUCUCCCCCGAACCCCCACCGGGGCGCCAUUCUGCUGCAGACUGAGCAGUCUGAAUCAGCAGAAGUGGCUCCAAAGUCAAGCAUUCCCCUCAGGCAUUCGCUCAUAUCCACCCAACCCCUCUCCACCCCUCUCCACCCCUCUCCACCCCACCUUCCCCCCCACCCCCAUCCCCAUCAGGGCGCCAUUCUGCUGCAAACCGAGCGGUCGGAAUCAGCAGCAGUGGCGUCUGCAGCAGCUGCCAUUUUUCGGAGGGCAUACACGCAGAAGCAGGACCUGCGGGUGUUCCAAGGUCUGGUCCGAGCCUACCUUCGGAUUCCGAAGCUGAAGGAGGCCAUAGCGGCAGCUCGGGAGGCAGUCAAGGCGUUUCCCAACUCUGCCAGCGCGUUGUCUCUUCUGGGGGAGGUGUAUCUGCAGCACAGCGACAGCAGGGACAAGGCCCGCAAGGUGUUUGAGGCGGCACUGAGGAUGGACGGCCGCUGUGGUGCUGCUGUCACGGGCCUGGCAGACGCGCACACCAUGGACGGGCGGCAUGCUGCUGCCAUUGACGUGCUGGAGCGCCACCUGGCAGUGGACUCUGCUGACUGGAUCCACGUGAAGCUCGGGUUCGUCCACAUGGCGGCCAACCGGCUGCCCGACGCUCUGCACCAUCUGCAAACGGCUCUCAGGAUUCCAUUUCCAGUUUCCUCUCCCCGGAUAUAG